GGCUUCGCAGAUCCGACAGCUUCCGGGUUAGGCGGAGGCUGCGGCGGAGGCUGCGGCGGCGGCGGCUACUCCGAAGGCGGGUGAGAGGCGGCCGCGGAGUGGAGGCCGGGCCAGGCCGCGGACCAUGGACGUCGCGGGCCAGGAGAGCGACUGGCGCAGCAACUCCUUCCGCCAGAAGCUGUGAAGAAGCCAUGCGGAAAGCUGGAGUUGCCCAUAGUAAAUCCAGCAAGGAUAUGGAAAACCAUGUAUUCUUGAAGGCCAAAACCCGGGACGAAUAUCUUUCCCUUGUGGCCAGGCUCAUUAUCCAUUUCCGAGACAUUCAUAACAAGAAAUCUCAGUCUUCUGUUAGCGAUCCUAUGAAUGCCCUACAGAACCUCACAGGUGGACCCCCUGCUGGAGCGACUGGAAUUGGGAUGGCGUCUCGGGGCCCAGGCCAAUCACUGGGCGGGAUAAGUGGGCUCGGAGGAGUGGGCCAGCCAAUGACCCUUUCAGGACAGCCACCACCUGGCACCUCGGCAAUGCCCCCUCAUGCCCAGCUCCAGCUGCAGCAGGUGGCCCUCCAGCAGCAGCAGCAGCAGCAGCAGCAGCAACAGCAGCAACAGCAGCAGCAGCAGCAGCAGCAAUUCCAGGCCCAGCAGCAGGUGGCGCUCCAGCAACAACAGCAACAGCAGCAGCAGCAGCAGCAGCAGCAGCAGCAGCAGUUCCAGGCCCAGCAGAGCGCCAUGCAGCAGCAGCAGCAGCAGUUCCAGGUGGCUGUGCAGCAGCAGCAGCAGCAGCUCCAGGUGGCUGUGCAGCAGCAGCAGCAGCACCUGCUCAAGUUCCACCACCAGAGCCAGCAACAGCUACAGCAGCAGCAACAGCUCCGGAUCGCCCAGCUGCAGCUCCACCAGCAGCAGCAGCAGCAGCAGCAGCAGCAACAGGCGGCCUUGCAGGCGCAGCCCCCACCGCAGCCCCCACCGCCCUCCCAGGCCAUGCAGCAGCAGCUCCAGCAGCUGCACCACCAGCAGCAGCACCACCCCGCGCAGCCCCCGCCGCAGCCGCCGCCGCCGCAGGUGUCCCAGGGCCAGCAACCCCCGCUCCCGCCGCAGGCCCCCCCGGCGCAGCCCCUGGUCUCCCAGGCCCAGUCCCUGUCCGGCCAGAUGAUGCUCACCCCGCAGCAGCUGAAAGCCAUGCAGGUCCGUGCCCAGAUAGUGGUGCAGCAGGCCCAGCAGGCCCAGCAGGCCCAGGCCCAGGCCCAGGCCCAGGCCCAGGCCCAGGCCCAGCAGCAGCAGCAACAGCAGCAGGUGGCUGCCGCCCAGGCAGCCCAGGUCGCUCAGAUGGCCGCCGCCGCCGCCGCCGCCGCCGCUGCCGCAGGAAGUCAGAUGAUGACUGCAGCCAUGCCCCGAGGUGGGAUGCAAAUAAGACCGCGGUUCCCGCCUGCCGCCGCUGGCUCUGCCACACCACCCAUCACCAUCCCUUUGGGCGGACAGCCAACGCCACAGGUCAGCCAGGGCAGCAUGGCCAUGAUGUCGUCGCCGUCCCCUGUCCAGCAGGCCCAGACCCCGCAGGCGAUGCCGCCUCCCCCCCAGCCGUCUCCCCAGCCCGGCCAGCCUUCCUCCCAGCCCAACUCGAAUGUCAGCUCCGGCCCUGCUCCGUCUCCCAGCAGCUUCCUGCCCAGCCCUUCUCCGCAGCCCUCCCAGAGUCCAGCUUCUGCCCGCACUCCACAGACCUUCAGCGUCCCGUCCCCCGGGCCUCUCAACACCCCUGUGAACCCCAGCUCCGUGCUGAGCCCGGCCAGCUCCAGCCAAGCUGAGGAGCAGCAGUACCUGGAGAAGCUGAAGCAGCUGUCCAAGUACAUCGAGCCCCUGCGGCGCAUGAUCAACAAGAUCGACAAGAACGAAGAACGCAAGAAGGAUCUCAGCAAGAUGAAGAGCCUGCUGGACAUUCUCACAGACCCGUCCAAGCGGUGUCCCCUGAAAACACUCCAAAAAUGUGAGAUUGCUCUGGAGAAGCUAAAGAACGACAUGGCUGUGCCUACGCCCCCACCACCGCCUGUGCCACCCACCAAGCAGCAGUACCUGUGCCAGCCCCUGCUGGAUGCCGUCCUUGCCAACAUCCGCUCCCCCGUCUUCAACCAUUCCCUGUAUCGCACCUUUGUGCCAGCCAUGGAGGCCAUCCACGGCCCCCCCAUCACGGCUCCGAUCAUCUCCCCACGGAAGCGCAAGUACGAGGAGGAUGAGAAGCAGACGAUCCCCAACGUGCUGCAAGGAGAAGUGGCCCGGCUGAACCCCAAGUUCUUGGUGAACCUGAACCCCUCCCACUGCAGCAACAACGGCACCGUCCACCUCAUCUGCAAGCUGGAUGACAAGAACCUGCCCAGCGUGCCGCCGCUCGAGCUCAGCGUCCCCGCCGACUACCCAGCCCAGAGCCCGCUGUGGAUCGACAAGCACUGGCAGUAUGAAGCCAACCCGUUCCUGCAGUCGGUGCACCAGUACAUGACCUCGAAGCUGCUCCAGCUCCCGGACAAGCACUCGGUCACAGCCCUCCUCAACACGUGGGCGCAGAGCAUCCGGCAGGCCUGCCUCUCGGCUGCAUAGUGCCCGCCCGCCCGCGUGGCACGUCUCCCAGCUGGCCUUUAGCUUUCGCUGCCCUCCCCCGCGCUCAGGCCAGAAAUCCAGGUGACCUGAGCAGGACCUGCCUGGCUUCCCCCUUCGCCAGCCCCCCUUUGCUUAUGGAACGCGGAGGCGGCUCGGAGGGCAGAUUUGGGGGAAACGCGACUCCCUCUGCUGCUUGAUCCCGGUCCUGAGGCCGGUGCAGCGCCCUCUGCUCACGCCCCAGCGUGGGGCCCCCCUGAAUCUGGCCGAGGCCACGACCGCGUCCCCCACUGGCCUCCCCUUCCCUACCUGGUCCUGGCCCAGAUACAGGGGCUGCCUCUCAUCUGUUGGUUCUCUGGAAGGCCCAGCUGGAGCCCAUUCAGGUUCCUCAGCCCAUCUCUGUUCCAGUCAUGUCUACUCUUGGGUUGUUGGUGGGGGGCUGGGAAGAGGAGGCCUGGAAAGGGGGAGCUGGGCCUUUGGGCCCAGGAAGAGCGAUCGGGUCCCUGGCAUGGGCUCUGGGGCGGGGGGGAGGACACAUUGCCCAAGAGGAGGGAGGGCAACAUUUUGUACACACACUAAUACAUAUUUGUGGUUCUUUGGAUUAUUAUAAUAAAUUUAUUCCUGUGUUUGACAUGCA